CGUCCCGUAGACAAAAUGGUGAAGGUCGGUGUGAACAGAUUUGGAUUUGGCCAUAUUGGGCGCCUGGUUACCAGGGCUGCCAUCCUCUCUGGCUCUGGCAAGGUGGAGAUUGUCGCCAUCAACGACCCCUUCAUUGACCUCAACUACAUGGUCUACAUGUUCCAGUAUGACUCCACCCAUGGCAAAUUCAACGGCACAGUCAAGGCUGAGAAUGGGAAGUUUGUCAUCAACGGGAAACCCAUUACCAUCUUCCAGGAGCAAGAUCCCGCUAACAUCAAAUGGGGGGAUGCUGGUGCUGAGUAUGUUGUGGAGUCUACUGGCGUCUUCACCACCAUGGAGAAAGCCGGGGCCCACUUGAAGGGUGGGGCCAAAAGGGUCAUCAUCUUCGCCCCUUCUGCCGAUGCCCCCAUGUUUGUGAUGGGUGUGAACCACGAGAAAUAUGACAACUCGCUCAAGAUUGUCAGCAAUGCAUCCUGCACCACUAACUGCUUAGCACCCCUGGCCAAAGUCAUCCAUGACAACUUUUGCAUUGUGGAAGGGCUCAUGACCACGGUCCAUGCCAUCACAGCCACUCAGAAGACUGUGGAUGGCCCCUCUGGAAAGCUGUGGUGUGAUGGCCGUGGGGCUGCCCAGAACAUCAUCCCUACAUCCACUGGAGCUGCUAAGGCUGUGGGCAAGGUCAUCCCAGAGCUGAAUGGGAAGCUCACCGGCACGGCCUUCCGUGUUCCUACCCCCAAUGUAUCAGUUGUGGAUCUGGCAUGCCGCCUGGAGAAACCUGAUGGGCAUCCUGUGUCUAGGCCAGUCAAGAUAGAAGAGUACUACUACACAGGCGACUUCUCACUACCCUGUGAGGAGCUAGCCCCUUAUAUUUCAAGACUAGGCAAGAACAUAAAUAAGGGAUUGAUCACUUAG